UAUGACGCAUGCUCUUCAUGAAAAUAGAGAUAUAACGUGUUCAAUUCUGUUAAGCUCACACAAGAAAGGCAGUUCAGUCAGAUAUAUUCAAUAUGAGGAUUGUUGUAUAUUUUGUGCUUUUUUGCAUUGGAUAUGCCGCAGGUGAAACAUGUAUGAGUCUGCCCGAGUGCACUAAGACUUCGUGCAAAAAUGGUUUUGAAAUUCAUUGUGUAGAUACAACCUGUACAUGUUUGUCGCCAUCUACAGGACAUACAUGCAUUACGAAGUACGAAUGUUUCGGGAACCAGUUGCACGUAGCCUGCGGCACAGACGGUACAAACUGGCACUGUGUUGACUCAAAAUGUCGCUGUUAUUGACCAUGUUAACUUAAAUUUUAUGCAAGCUGAAUACAUGUAUCUGAAUUAAAAUAUACUAUCUUUUAUAAGUAGUAUAAGCAGUCGA